AUGCGGGAGCUGCGUCCCCCCGCUGCGCUGGCGCUGCCCGCCUCCUGCGCCGCGGCGCACGGCCUGGCCGCCGCCGUGGGCGCGCUAGCGUCGCAUCUGCGCUGGCGGCGCGCGCUGCUGCCCCCGCACGCCGCCUGCGCGCACCUCGCGCCAUUUGUAGCGCACGAGCUGACGGAGGCCGGCCUUUACGUCAGUCGAAAUCCGCUUUCACGGCUGGAAACCGGCAAACGUCAUCAGGUGAUAAUAUUAUGUUCAUCUGAGACGGGGAGCGUGAGGGGUGCCGCAAGGCUGCAGGUGGCCCGCGCGCGCGCCGGCACUGCCAUCUUGCUGCUCCGACUGGCGCCGGACGCCUGGCCUGACGUCAUCGCGCCGGACGCCGGUCCUGAUGUCACCGUACCGGACGUCAUCGCGCCGAAAGCCGGUCGCGAAGACGCCGCGCCGGACGCGGCCACUCCGGACGCCGGACUCGACGGCCCCGCUUCGGACGUUCCGCACUUUAUUACAGAUAUGAAAGCUUUAUAUUAUGAAUAUAGACAGUUACCUCGACCUACUAAUAUAAGUGUUCGAACAGGUAACACGAAUACGUCACUAACUAAAUCGAGAAUUAAUUUCGAACGACACGAAAUUACUUCAAAUCUACAAAGCAAAUUCUUGAACUACACAAAAAAACAUUUCCAAAAAUAUUCAUCUGCGAGAGGUCGUCGCGGGGCUCGCCGCACUCUGCUCCUCAGCGACGAGCCUCCGGGCGGGAGGGCGCACGCCGACGUGUACGCGGAGGUGUUGCGCGCCAUCGAGCGGCACGCGGAGGAGGCGAGGACGGGCGUCGAGAUCGCGCACAACGACUAUUUUCUGUACGAGGAAACGAUCGAGCAGAAUCUCGGAUGGCUCCCGAUCGGGAAACUGGUCACCGCCUCGGUGCGGCCGCCGGACGGUCGAGAUCAGUGGGUGACGUACGUCGACAUCGUCGACCCCGCCGGCGAGUUCCGGCGGUGGGUCGCGGCGGCGGCGGCGACCGGACACCGCGGCGAGGGGGCGACGGCCGCGGGGGCUCGGGUGAUGUGGGUCGCGGUGGCGGGGGGCACGGCGCUGCUGGCGCUGACGGCUGCGGGCGCGCUGUGCUGGCGCCGCGCCCGCGUUCGCCGGUGGACGCGGCCGGCGCCCGUGCUAUCGGCGGCGGACUUCUCAUUUCCGGCGGAGGAGCGGCGCGUCGGCGAGGGCAUGGAGAGUAUGGCGAGCUGGCUGCAGCGGCUGCCGGGGUGCGGCGCCCCGCUCCCCGCCGCGCCCUCCUCCUCCUCGUGCAGCGUGACACGUCUCGCACCGGACAGUCGCACUCUGUACAAGGGCGAGCCGGUGCACGUGCGGCCGGUGGGGGUUGGCGCGGGGGGCGUGGGCGGGACGGGCGGUGCGUUGCGCCGGCGCGCCGCCGACCUGCUGCUGGUGUUGCAGGCGCUACGUCAUGACAACGUCAAUCCCUUCAUAGGUUGGCUAGCGGAGGCGCGGGGCGUGCGGAGCGUGCGUGGCGCGCGCGGUGCGCUGGUGUUCGCGGCGUGCGCGCGCGGCUCGCUGGAAGACGUGCUGGUGGCGGACGACAUCCGGCUGGAUUGGACGUUCCGGCUAUCCCUGCUGACGGACUUGGUGCGCGGCAUGCGCUACCUGCACGCGUCACCGCUGCGCGUGCACGGCCGCCUCUCGUCGCGCAACUGCGUCGUGGACGCGCGGUGGGUUCUGCGAGUCACCGACUACGGCGUGCCGGCGUUCGCACACGCGCAGACCCUGCCGCUACCGACGCGUUCCGCAAGAGACCUGCUGUGGACAGCGCCCGAGCUGCUGCGCGCCGCGGGGCACGGGGGGCACGCGGGUCACGGGGCGCAUGCGGGGCACGGGGCGCACGAGGGGGGCACCCAGGCCGGAGAUGUAUUCUCCUUCGCGAUCAUCAUGCAGGAAGUGAUCGUGCGUGGCGAGCCCUACUGCAUGCUGCAGCUGGCGCCCGAAGAGAUCGUGGAGAAGCUGCGCCGCGGGCCGCCGCUAGUGCGGCCGUCGGUGUCGCUGGGUGCGGCGCCGCCCGACGCCGUGCGUGCCAUGCGCCAGUGCUGGGCGGAGGCGCCGGCGAUGCGACCCGACUUCGCGCGCCUCUACCACAUGUUCCGGCACAUGCACCGCGGCCGGAAGAUCAACAUAGUCGACUCCAUGUUCGAGAUGCUGGAGAAGUACAGCAAUAAUUUAGAAGAACUUAUCAAAGAAAGAACGGAACAGUUGGAUGUGGAGAAAAAGAAAACCGAACAACUUCUAAACAGAAUGCUGCCGAGGCCGGUGGCGGAGCGUCUGGUGCUGGGGCUGCGAGUACCGCCCGAGGAGUUCGAGGAGGUGACCAUCUACUUCAGUGACAUCGUGGGCUUCACGGCGCUGGCGGCGCGCAGCACGCCCGUGCAGGUCGUCGACCUCCUCAACGACCUCUACUCCUCAUUCGACGCCGCCAUCGAGCGCUACGGCGUAUACAAGGUGGAGACGAUCGGCGACGCGUACAUGGUAGUGGGCGGGUUGCCGGAGCGCGCGCGCGACCACGCCGAGCGCGUGGCCAGCAUGGCGUUGCGCCUGUUGCAUCUGGCGGGCCGCUUCCGCAUCCGCCACCUGCCCGACGCGCCGCUACACUUGCGCAGCGGGCUGCACUCGGGGCCCUGCUGCGCCGCCGUCGUCGGCCUCACCAUGCCGCGCUACUGCCUCUUCGGCGACACCGUCAAUACCGCCUCGCGCAUGGAGUCCACUGGUGCGGCGUGGCGCGUGCAGGUGUCGGCGGCGACGGCGGCCCGGCUGGCGGCGGCCGGGGGCUAUCGGCUGCGCUCGCGGGGCCUGCGCCAAGUCAAGGGCAAGGGCGCCAUGCACACGUACUGGCUGCUAGGCAAGGACGGCUUCGAAGACCCGCUGCCGACCCCGCCGCCCCUACAAUCUGAAGAGGUGUUGUUCGAGUCCGAGGACGAGACCGCGGCCGAGGGCGGGGGCGGGGGUGGGGGUGGUGGCGUCGCAGCAUCCGCGCCCCCCGCCCCCCGCCCGCCCCGCCCCUGCCCCCGCCGCCGUGCACUUUCCGACGCCGAGGAGGACUACUUGACGGUGGCGGCCGCCUGCGCCCCGCGACCCGAACGGGCGGCAUGGGCGCGCUCGGGCGCCGUAUCCGCCGACAGCAGCCCGCCGCGCGCCGCGCCCGCCGCGGGUCCCGCGCACGCCCGCUACAGGUGCGGUUCCCCGACCCCCAACGUCGACUGCACGGUAUACUUUCUGCAACACAAAUUUGACGACAGGUGCUUGUCGAGCAGCACGCGCACCCUGCGUCGCCAGUGGUCGCUGGAGCGCGGCGACGUGCAGGUGGCCAGAGCGGCGCGCACCGAGCCGCUCGCCGAGCUGUUCGCCGAGCCGCUGGCGCUGCGCGUGCCCCCACCGACGCGUCCCCUGGCUCGCUACCGCACGCGCCCCUCGGCACCUGACGAGUCGCGCCUCUCCUAG